AUGCUUGUUCUAGGACUAACCGGAGGUAUAGCCAGCGGAAAAUCCACCGUGUCCAAACGCUUGCAAGAAGAGUAUCACAUAACUGUCAUCGAUGCCGACGAGAUUGCUCACCAAAUAGUGGAGCCUGGACGGCCUGCGUAUAAGAAAAUAGUGCGAUAUUUUGGUGAUAAGAUUACUGACCUAAUUUUGCCCGAUGGCACCUUGAAUAGACCUGCUCUUGGAGCUUAUGUGUUUCAAAAUAAAGGCGAAUUGCAAAUUCUCAACAAGAUCACACAUGGCCAAGUGCGCAAAGAAAUGCUGUGGCUGAUGCUGUGCAGCUGGCUUAAAUUGGAGUCAAUCGUGGUUCUUGACGUGCCGUUGCUUUUCGAAGCAGGCAUGGAUAUUAUUUGUGGCAUGGUAGUAAGUGUGGUUUGCGAACCAAAGAUACAAUUGCAAAGGCUGAUGGAGCGUAAUCCGGAACUCAGCCGUGCGGAGUGUGAAAAAAGAAUUGCAAGCCAGAUGUCGAACGAUGACAAGAUCAAGCGAUCAGAUUACGUACUAGACAAUAACAAUAGUGUUGAGGAGCUUAACCAGAAGAUUGAUAGCGUGAUACGCAAAGUGCAGCCUUCUUUGUGGGUCACGCUGCUAGAGUAUAUCCCAUUUAUUGGGGCGUUGUUUGCAAUUAAAAGUGUUGCACGAAGAUGGUGGAAAAACUACGAGGUCCGCCGGCAGUCAAAGACUGACUGA